AAGAUGGCGCACAGCGGUCGGUGGCGCUUCCCUGCCCGGCCCGGCAGCGGCGGCUGGGGCCGCCGGGGGCUGGGGGGGUCCCGGCUGCGGGUGCCGGCCGUGCGCAGCCUGCGAGCCGCCGAGCCGGCGGCGGCGGCGGCGGCGGGCGACGGGGAGCGCGGCGGCCCGUGCUCCGGCGGGGCGGCGGGAAGCGGGGGAGGCGGGGCAGCGCCGGGCUCCGGCGGCUCCGGGGGCCCCGCGGCCGGGGUGGGACCCGGCUUCGACGCGGCGCUCCAGGUCUCGGCCGCCAUCGGCAUCAACCUGCGGCGGUUCCGCGCGGCCUGCGGGGCCGAGGCGGGCAGCGGAGAGGAUGAACAGUUCCUAGGUUUUGGUUCAGAUGAAGAAGUCAAAGUACAAAGUCCCACCAGGUCCCCCACAGUUAAAUCUAGUCCACGAAAACCUCGUGGGAGGCCCCGGAGCAGUUCUGACCGAAGUUCAGCUGUACUAUCAGACUCUUCAUCAGUGUGUUCCCCUUCAAGCAAGUCUGAAACCACACCCAUGGAGAAAGUAAAGAAGAAGGAAUUGAAAAGUGGGGAAAAAAGACGAGGAAGACCUCCAACACUUACUAGCGUGAAGUUCAAAUUGUCACAAGUAAAAGGCACAUCAGAUAUUCAGAAGGGAAGCAAAGAAGAAAAAGAGAGUCUGAAAAAAAUCAAAAGGUCACCAUCCACUACAUUUCAGCAAGCAACUAAAAUUAAGAAAUUAAGAACUAGUAAACUCUCUCCACUAAAAUCUAAAUUUAAGCCUGGGGCAAAACUUCAGAUUGGGAGGAAAAGUGUUCAGAUUGUGCGCAGGAGAGGGAGGCCACCGUCUUCUGAACGUUUAAAGACUUCCUCAACCUUAGUCAUAAAUUCACAGCUGGAGAAACCCCAAAGGAUACGUAAAGAAAAGGAUGGCACACCACCUCUUACAAAAGAAGAAAAGACUGCUGUCAGACAGAGUCCGCGCAGGAUUAAGCCUGUUAGGAUUAUACCUUCUACGAAAAGGACGGAUGCAACAAUUGCUAAGCAACUCUUGCAGAGGGCUAAAAAGGGGGCGCAAAAAAAGAUUGAGAAAGAAGCAGCCAAACUGCAGGGCAGAAAGGGGAGAACCCAGCUUAAAAAUAUCCGACAGUUCAUUAUGCCAGUCGUAAGUGCUAUCUCUUCACGGAUUAUUAAAACACCCAAACGGUUCAUUGAAGAUGAAGACUAUGACCCUCCUAUUAAAAUAUCCAGACUAGAAUCCACACCAAACAGCAGGUUCAGCGCUACUUCUUGCGGAUCCAGUGAAAAAUCCAGUGCUGCUUCUCAGCAUUCGUCUCAGAUGUCUUCAGAUUCCUCACGGUCCAGCAGCCCUAGCGUUGAUACAUCUACAGACUCUCAGGCUUCUGAGGAGAUGCAGACGCUUUCUGAGGAACGAAGUAAUACUCCAGAAGUUCACACACCUCUGCCUGUUUCUCAGUCCCCUGAGAAUGAUAACAGUGAUAGGAGAAACAGAAGGUUUUCGAUAACAGAAAGAAGUUUUGGCCAGAGGACUGCUAAAAAACUGUCAGCCUUGCCAAGUGUGCCACAGCAGCAGUCGUCAUCCUCUCCUCCUCCCCCUCUGCUCACUCCUCCCCCACCACUACAACCCGCUUCCAGCAUCUCAGACCGUACUCCUUGGCUCAUGCCUCCUACCAUACCAUUAGCCUCACCCUUUCUUCCUACUUCUGCUGCACCAAUGCAAGAGAAACGGAAAUCAAUUCUGCGAGAGCCAACGUUUAGGUGGACUUCUCUAAAGCAUUCCAGGUCAGAACCACAGUACUUCUCAUCAGCAAAAUAUGCCAAAGAGGGUCUUAUUCGCAAACCAAUAUUUGAUAACUUUAGACCCCCACCACUAACACCAGAGGAUGUUGGCUUUGCAUCUGGCUUCUCAACACCAGGUGCUACAGCUCCAGCACGACUGUUUUCUCUUCAUUCUGGAACAAGAUUUGAUAUGCACAAGAGAAGUCCUCUGCUGAGAGCUCCGAGGUUCACUCCAAGCGAGGCCCACUCCAGAAUCUUUGAAUCUGUAACUUUGCCCUCAUCGGUUGGUCGAACCACUACAGGAACUUCUGCAACAGGUGUCUCUUCUAGGAAACGAAAGAGAAAAGUCUUUAGCCCUAUCCGCUCAGAACCCAGAUCUCCUUCGCACUCCAUGAGGACAAGAAGUGGGAGACUUAGUACCUCUGACCUGACAACUCUCACCCCACAGUCUUCUGUAUCUUCCUCAUUAACUAGCAUUUCUGUUAGUUCUCUUGCCACUAGUGCCUUAAAUUCAACUUUUACUUUUCCUUCCCAUUCCCUAACGCAGUCUGGGGAAUCAGCAGAAAGAAGCCAGAGACAAAGGAAGCAGACUAGCACUCCAGCAGAGCCUUUCUCGUCUAGUAGUCCUGCUCCUCUCUUUCCUUGGUUCACUCCAAGUCCCCAGACAGAGAGAGGCAGAAACAAAGACAGGGCAACAGAGGAACUGUCCAAAGAUAAAGACGCUGACAAAAGUGUGGAGAAGGACAAGAGCAGAGAGAAAGACAGAGAGAGAGAGAAGGAGAACAAACGGGAGUCAAGGAAAGAGAAAAGGAGAAAAGGGUCAGAAAUUCAGAGUAGCUCUGCUUUGUUUCCUGUAGGUAAAAUGCCCAAAGAAAAAGUUGUCAGUGAAGAUGCUGCAGCAUCAUCUUCUGCAAAAAAAACUGCUGGGCGGAGGAAGUCUACAGCAAUAGAUCCCGUGGCAGAUGUUUCCACUGCUGCUCUGGUAGAUACAACAGCCAUCAAAACCAAAACAUCCAAGAAAGGUAGAGGGGGGUUAGACAAAUCAGAUCUGGACCUCAGUCCCACUGUGCCGUCUUUGGAGAAAGAAAAAGCUCUGCGUCUCUCUACUCCUUCAUCAAGCACUGUUAAACAUUCCGCUUCCUCCAUCAGCUCUAUGUUGGCUCAAGCAGACAAACUGCCAAUGACUGACAAAAGGGUAGCCAGUCUUCUGAAAAAAGCAAAAGCCCAGCUGUACAAGAUUGAGAAGAGCAAGUCCCUCAAACAAGCAGAUCAGCCAAAAGCACAGGGACAAGAGAGUGAUUCAUCAGAAACGUCAGUCCGAGGACCACGAAUAAAACAUGUUUGCAGAAGAGCAGCUGUUGCACUGGGUCGUAAGCGAGCCGUGUUUCCUGAUGACAUGCCCACUCUGAGUGCCUUACCAUGGGAAGAGCGAGAGAAGAUACUGUCUUCCAUGGGGAAUGAUGAUAAGUCAUCGAUAGCCGGCUCUGAAGAGGCAGAACCUCUUGCUCCACCUAUCAAACCAAUUAAGCCGGUAACCAGAAACAAGACACAGCAAGAACCACCAGUGAAGAAGGGUCGACGGUCAAGGCGCUGUGGGCAGUGUUCAGGCUGCCAGGUUCCAGAGGACUGUGGUGUCUGUACUAACUGUCUGGACAAACCCAAGUUUGGUGGGCGUAAUAUAAAGAAGCAGUGCUGCAAAAUGAGGAAAUGUCAGAAUCUACAGUGGAUGCCUUCUAAAGCAUACCUCCAGAAGCAAGCUAAAGCUGCAAAAAAGAAAGAGAAGAAAUCCAAGACGAAUGAAAAGAAAGAAAGCCAUUCUGGAAAGAACCAGUUGGACUCUGGACAGAAACAAACUCCUCCAACUAUUUUAUCAAGAGAAGACAAUGCCAUAAAGAAGAGCGGUGAACCUGCUCGUAAGCCAGUUGAGGAGAAACAUGAGGAUGGGAAUUCCUCUGCUCCUCUGUCGGAGCCCAAACAGGUCCCUGCACCUGGUGCCAGAAAGACUGGCAAACAAACAUCUCAGCCAGUGCAGCUCCCUCCUCAGCCACCAAGCUCAGGACCUUUGAAAAAAGAAGCUCCUAAACUUACCACUUCUGAGCCUAAGAAAAAGCAGACUCCACAGCCAGAAAUAGGCACAGAACAAAACAAACAGAAAAAAAUUGCUCCCCGUCCAACUUUCCCUGUGAAACAGAAACCAAAAGAAAAGGAAAAGCCCCCUCCUAUAAGCAAGCCAGAAAGCAGCACGCUGAAUUUGCUCAGUACUCUGACUAAUGGGAGCAGUUCCAAGCAAAAGCCACCUACAGAUGGAGUCCACAGAAUCCGAGUGGAUUUCAAGGAGGACUGUGAAGUGGAGAAUGUUUGGGAGAUGGGUGGGUUAGGCAUCGUGACCUCGGUACCUAUUACUCCCAGGGUGGUGUGUUUUCUCUGUGCCAGCAGUGGACAUGUGGAGUUUGUGUAUUGUCAGGUCUGUUGUGAGCCUUUCCACAAGUUCUGCUUAGAGGAGAGCGAGCGGCCCCUGGAGGACCAGCUGGAAAACUGGUGCUGUCGUCGCUGCAAGUUCUGCCACGUGUGUGGGAGACAGCACCAGGCCACCAAGCAGCUGCUGGAGUGCAAUAAGUGCCGAAACAGCUAUCACCCUGAGUGCCUGGGCCCAAACUACCCAACAAAACCCACCAAGAAAAAGAAAGUUUGGAUAUGUACCAAAUGUGUUCGCUGCAAGAGCUGUGGAUCAACAACACCAGGGAAGGGGUGGGAUGCGCAGUGGUCUCACGACUUUUCACUGUGUCAUGAUUGUGCCAAACUCUUUGCAAAAGGAAAUUUUUGUCCUCUCUGUGACAAAUGCUAUGAUGAUGAUGACUAUGAGAGUAAGAUGAUGCAAUGUGGAAAAUGUGACCGCUGGGUCCACUCCAAAUGCGAAAACCUUUCUGAUGAAAUGUAUGAGAUACUCUCUAACUUGCCUGAGAGUGUAGCAUACACCUGCAUUAACUGUACAGAACAGCAUCCUGCAGAAUGGCGUCUUGCACUGGAAAAGGAGCUGCAGGUUUCCUUAAAACAGGUUUUAACAGCCCUGUUGAACUCUAGAACUACUAGCCACUUGCUGCGUUAUAGGCAGGCAGCAAAACCACCUGAUUUAAACCCUGAGACAGAAGAGAGUAUACCAUCCAGAAGCUCUCCUGAAGGUCCCGAUCCCCCUGUCCUAACAGAAGUCAGUAAACAGGAGGAGCAGCAACCUCUGGAUCUGGAAGGAGUAAAAAGAAAAAUGGAUCAAGGAGGUUACACUUCUGUGCUGGAUUUUAGUGAUGAUAUUGUGAAGAUAAUUCAAGCAGCCAUUAAUUCUGAUGGAGGGCAGCCAGAAGUUAAAAAAGCCAAUAGCAUGGUCAAGUCCUUCUUUAUUCGGCAAAUGGAGCGUGUUUUUCCAUGGUUCAGUGUAAAAAAGUCCAGAUUUUGGGAGCCAAAUAAAGUAACAAGCAACAGUGGUAUGUUGCCGAAUGCAGUGCUGCCUCCUUCGCUUGACCAUAAUUAUGCUCAGUGGCAGGAGCGUGAAGAGAACAACCGCACUGAACAACCCCCUCUGAUGAAGAAAAUCAUUCCAGCUCCAAAACCCAAAGGACCUGGAGAGCCAGAUUCACCAACUCCUCUACAUCCUCCUACACCACCUAUCUCUAGUUCUGACAGAAGCAGAGAAGAUAGUCCUGAGCUUAAUCCACCUCCAGAUGUAGAAGACAACAGGCAGUGUGCAUUGUGCCUGAAAUAUGGUGAUGAUAGUGCUAAUGAUGCUGGACGUCUUCUGUAUAUUGGCCAAAAUGAAUGGACACACGUGAACUGUGCUUUAUGGUCAGCAGAAGUGUUUGAAGAUGAUGAUGGUUCUCUGAAAAAUGUGCACAUGGCUGUGAUCCGGGGAAAGCAGCUGAGAUGUGAGUUCUGUCAGAAGUCAGGCGCUACAGUAGGCUGCUGCCUCACUUCCUGUACAAGUAAUUAUCAUUUCAUGUGCUCACGAGCCAAGAACUGUGUGUUUCUGGAUGAUAAGAAGGUUUACUGCCAGAGGCAUCGUGAUUUGAUCAAAGGAGAGGUGGUUCCUGAGAAUGGGUUUGAAGUUCUUAGGAGAGUUUUUGUGGAUUUUGAAGGAAUCAGUUUGAGAAGAAAAUUUCUUAGUGGCUUGGAACCAGAGAACAUCCACAUGAUGAUUGGUUCAAUGACAAUAGACUGUUUAGGAAUUUUGAAUGACCUCUCAGACUGUGAAGAUAAGUUGUUUCCCAUCGGCUAUCAGUGCUCCAGAGUGUACUGGAGCACAACAGAUGCCAGGAAACGCUGUGUGUAUACCUGCAAGAUCAUGGAAUGCCGACCACCAGUCAUAGAACCUGAUAUCAACAGCACUGUAGAACAUGAUGAUAACAGAACAAUUGCCCAUAGCCCAGUUCCCCUUACAGAAACUCUGUCCAAAGACAGCAGAAAUGCACCUGAAAUCGUAAACCCACCAUCACCAGAUCGUCCCAUACAUUCUCAGACCUCUAGUUCCUGUUACUAUCCAUUGGUCUCAAAGGGCCUUAGGAUCAGGACACCAAGUUAUCACUCCACACAGAGGUCUCCUGGCUCUAGGCCUUUACCCUCUGCAGGGAGUCCUACACCAGUGACCCAUGAAAUAGUUACAGUAGGAGAUCCUUUACUGUCCUCUGGACUUAAGAGCAUUGGUUCUAGGAGACAUAGCACUUCUUCUUUAUCACAGCAGCAAUCAAAACUCCGUAUGAUUUCACCUACACGAGCUGGGAAUACUUAUUCCAGGCACAGUGUAUCUUCAGUUUCCAACACAGGGUCCUCUUCAGAACAUGAACAGAGUGUAAAAAAUACUGACCGCUUUGUGGGAUCUGUGAAUUCAGGUACCACAAGUGCUACAGUUCAAAGCUGCUCUACCAGUUCAAGCUCCCAGAAGACAGCAGCUACAAGUGGAAGUAAAACUUACCAGCCAGAUGCAUCUCAGUCUUCAGAGGGAAAACAUUCUAGUAGUUCAGAUCUGUUAGCCAAAAGUGCACCUUCAAAGGGAGAGAAGAUGAAAACACUGACCUCAAAGGACCCAGAUUACUCAGCUCAUAUUUUUGCCUCUGGAGGAAGCUCCAAAAUGUCUACUCAACCAAUCAGUUCAUCAGGCGCAGAAACAAAUGUUAAAAUAGGAACCUUUCAAGAAUCUUCAGGAUCAUUUUCCUCCAAAGAAACAAUAUCUUUUCCGUCUUUGCAUCAGAGAGGCCCAAGAAAAGACAGAGAUCAGCACUUGGAACCCGUACAGCCAGAUAAAACUGCUUCUGUUGAUGAGAUGGAUGUAAAGACAUUGAAGUCCGCAGGGGUAAAUAGCAGAUCUCUUGCAGCAAGUGAGCAGGCAGUUUCUGCCUCUAGAGACAGGCGUCAGAAGGGGAAAAAGUUAGUGAAAGAGAGUUUUAAAGAGAAGCAUUCCCUGAAAUCUCUUGCAGAUUCAAGUCAAGCAGUAGGCAGUGAUGAAGGAAAUCUGAAAUCAGAAUUUGGUAAUCAGGGUUUGGUGACUGAACAAAUUAGUCAGAGGUUAUGUAAUAAUAUUCCUGCUGAAAAAGCUGGUGAGAAGUCUCCACCCUCACAGGGGUCCUCUAAAGGCUCUGCAGUGCCGAUUGAAGUGGCUUCUAAGGAAUCACAGGCACCUAGAAAACGCACUGUUAAAGUCACUCUGACGCCUCUCAAGAUGGAAAAUGAAAAUCAGUCUAAAGCUGCACAGCAAGAAGGUGAUGCUGAACAUCAGUCUGCAGGGGCAGAACUGGCCACUUCAUCAGAGCCGUCAUCUGAAAGCCCAGAAGAUAACUCUGUAGUUCAGGAAAGUCCAAAUAAAGCACCAACACAGGAAUCUCAGAAUAAUGCAUAUGAAAAUUUGCCCGUUCAAGAUAACAACUUGAUGCUUCAGGAUGGAACUAAAACUCAAGAAGAAGGUUCAUACAAGCGGAGGUAUCCACGGAGAAGUGCACGGGCAAGAUCUAAUAUGUUCUUUGGAUUGACACCUCUGUACGGUGUGAGGUCCUAUGGAGAAGAAGAUAUUCCAUUCUAUAGUAACUCAACUGGGAAGAAGCGAGGAAAGCGGUCUGCAGAAGGACAGGUGGAUGGUGCAGAUGACUUGAGUACAUCAGAUGAAGAUGACUUGUACUAUUAUAAUUUCACUAGAACAGUGGUUUCCUCAAACACCGAGGAGAGGCUUGGGUCCCAUAACUUAUUCAGGGAGGAAGAGCAAUGUGAUCUUCCAAAAAUCUCACAGUUAGAUGGUGUAGAUGAUGGGACUGAAAGUGAUACAAGUGUCACAGCCACAACAAGAAAAGUAAAUCAAGUAACAAAAAGGAGUGGAAAAGAAAAUGGAACAGAAAGCUUAAAGCUGGAUAGAACUGAAGAAACUGGGGAAAAAGUACAAGUCACAAAGAGCCCUGCUGUCCACAAAACUGAUCCAAAGAUUGAUAACUGCCAUUCUGUAAGCAGGGUUAAAACGCAAGGUCAGGAUUCUCUGGAAGCUCAAUUGAGUUCGUUGGAAACAGGUCGUAGGGCUCACGCAAGCACGCCUUCUGAUAAGAACUUACUGGAUACUUUUAACACAGAACUUCUGAAAUCUGAUUCUGACAAUAACAACAGUGAUGACUGUGGAAACAUCCUCCCUUCAGACAUCAUGGACUUUGUGCUGAAGAAUACACCAUCUAUGCAGGCAUUAGGAGAAAGUCCAGAGUCGUCAUCAUCUGAACUUCUAACACUUGGAGAAGGUCUAGGUCUGGAUAGCAAUCGUGGCAAGGAUAUGGGUUUGUUUGAAGUAUUUUCUCAACAGCUGCCAACAGCUGAGCCAGUGGAUAGCAGUGUUUCUUCCUCCAUAUCAGCAGAGGAACAAUUUGAAUUACCACUGGAACUUCCUUCUGAUCUCUCUGUUCUGACUACUCGCAGCCCUACGGUGCCCAGCCAAAAUCACAACAGACUUGCUGUAAUUUCAGAGUCUUCACUGUCUUCUUCAGGAGAGAGGUCGAUACUUGCCUUGCCCUCCACAGAAUCUGGGGAAAAAAGAGUUACAGUUACAGAAAAGUCUGCUUCCAGUGAGAGCGAUACAACUCUUUUGAGUCCAGGAGUAGACCCAAGCCCUGAAGGACACAUGACUCCUGACCACUUCAUCCAAGGUCACAUCGACGCAGAGCAUAUAGCCAGCCCGCCCUGUGGCCCAGUGGAGCAAGGACAUGGCAGCAACCAAGAUUUAACUAGGAACAGCGGGACUCCAGGUAUCCAAGUGCCAGUGUCACCCACUGUUCCCCUGCAAAACCAGAAGUAUGUUCCCAAUUCCACGGACAGUCCCGGCCCCUCUCAGAUUUCUAAUGCUGCAGUGCAGACAACACCACCCCACCUCAAGCCAGCCACAGAAAAACUUCUUGUAGUCAAUCAAAAUAUGCAGCCAUUAUACGUCCUCCAAACACUUCCCAAUGGUGUUACUCAGAAGAUACAGUUGACACCUUCUGUUAGUUCAGCACAGAGUGUGAUGGAGACUAAUGCCUCAGUACUGGGGCCUAUGGGAAGUGGGCUCACGCUGACCACGGGAUUAAAUCCAAGCUUGCCCUCAUCUCAGUCAUUAUUUCCUCCCACCAGCAAAGGAUUGUUGCCCAUGUCCCAUCACCAGCAUAUACAUCCCUUCUCCACGGCCUCUCAGACCGGCUUCCCACCAAAUAUUGGCAGUCCUUCACCAGGUCUUCUUAUUGGUGUGCAGCCACCCCCUGAUCCUCAGCUCCUAGUAUCUGAAGCUAGCCAGAGGACAGACCUUGGUGCCACUGCUUCUACACCAACUGCUACCCUGGGCAAGAAACGGCCAAUAUCUCGUCUGCAGUCACGGAAGAAUAAGAAGCUGGCUCCCUCUGGAACCCCUUCUGCUAUAGCUCCUCCUGAUAUGGUCUCCAACAUGACCUUAAUUAAUUUUGCUCCUUCCCAAAUUUCCAACCACCCACUGGAUUUGGGAACCAUUGCAAAUUCAACAUCUCAUAGAACUGUACCCAAUAUUAUCAAAAGGUCCAAGUCUGGAGUAAUGUAUUUUGAGCAAACCUCUUUGCUCCCACAAGGUGGGACAGCUACUGCAGUUGGCACGUCUCCCAGUGUUAUCGGGCCAGAUGCUGGUCACCUUCCGGCGGGGCCUGUGUCAGGGCUAGCGUCAAGUUCCUCAGUGCUGAAUGUGGUAUCCAUGCAGGCCACGGCAGCCCCCACUACUGGUGGGUCAGUUCCUAGUCAUGUUUUGGGACAGAGUUCAGUAACAUUAACUAGCCCUGGAUUAUUAGGGGACCUUGGUUCAAUAAGCAACCUCUUGAUCAAAGCUAGUCAGCAAAGCCUUGGUCUUCAGGAGCCGCACGUGACUUUACCUCCAGGUUCUGGGAUGUUUUCGCAGCUGGGAACGUCACAAACUCCAUCUACAGCAGCAAUGACAGCUGCAUCGAGCAUAUGUGUUCUGCCUUCAGCACAGAAUAUGAGCAUGACAGUUGCUCAGUCAUCUACUGACCCAGAAGGCUCUUACCAGCUUCAGCAUAUGACGCAACUCUUAGCCAGCAAAACUGGAAUUGCCUCCUCACAGCUAGACCUCGGUGCGGCUUCAGCAACAGCUCAGUUGUCGAGCUUCCCACAGCUGGUUGAUGUGCCCAGUAGUACCGGACUCGAACAAAACAAGGUUUCCCCAUCUGUGAUGCAUGCCAGUUCAGCAUCUCCUGGAGGCUCCCCAUCAUCUGGUCAGCAGUCUGCGAGUAGCUCUAUGCUUGGUCCCACAAAAAUGAAGCCAAAAAUCAAGCGCAUUCAGCCGUCUUUAGAGAAAGGGAAUGGAAAGAAGCACAAAACUUCUCACUCGUGGACUGGUUCCUCUGAAGCACACGUUCCUGACAGAGGGGCUGUUGCUGUACCCCAAGUCUCAGCUACACGGACUCCUGCUGUGAAGGCAGAUGUGCAGGAUGCAGCAAGCAUAGAUCAGCCAUCACAGAAACAAUGUGGCCAGUCUGCAGGGCAAAUGUCAGUCCUCACAGAACCUCAAUCAACACAGACUUCAGCAAAUGAGCAAGAAAAUGCAGGCUCAAAAGCUAUUGAGGAAGAAGAGAGCACUUUCAGCUCCCCGCUUAUGUUUUGGCUUCAGCAAGAACAAAAGAGGAAAGAAUGUCUUGGUGAGAAGAAACCGAAGAAAGGUUUGGUUUUUGAGAUAUCAAGUGAUGAUGGCUUUCAAAUCUGUGCAGAAAGUAUUGAAGAUGCUUGGAAGUCACUAACUGACAAAGUUCAAGAAGCCCGUUCAAAUGCCCGCCUGAAACAGCUAUCUUUUGCAGGUGUGAAUGGUUUGAGGAUGCUGGGGAUUAUACAUGAUACUGUUGUGUUUCUGAUUGAGCAACUUUAUGGAGCAAAGCACUGCCACAACUACAAGUUCAGAUUUCAUAAACCAGAGGAGGCCAAUGAGCCUCCUCUGAAUCCACAUGGCUCUGCUAGGGCCGAAGUCCACCUGAGGAAAUCUGCAUUUGAUAUGUUUAAUUUCUUGGCAUCUAAACACCGACAGCCACCAGAAUACAACCCAAACGAUGAGGAAGAGGAGGAAGUACAACUGAAAUCAGCCCGGAGGGCAACUAGUAUGGAUCUGCCAAUGCCCAUGCGAUUCCGACACUUGAAGAAGACCUCCAAGGAGGCAGUUGGUGUUUACAGGUCUCCCAUCCAUGGCCGGGGCCUGUUCUGCAAAAGGAACAUUGAUGCAGGUGAGAUGGUGAUCGAAUAUUCGGGCAAUGUCAUUCGCUCCAUCCUCACUGACAAACGAGAGAAGUACUAUGACAGUAAGGGGAUUGGUUGCUACAUGUUCCGCAUUGAUGACUCUGAAGUGGUAGAUGCCACCAUGCAUGGGAAUGCAGCCCGCUUCAUCAAUCACUCUUGUGAGCCCAACUGCUACUCCCGGGUCAUCAACAUUGAUGGCCAAAAACACAUCGUCAUCUUCGCCAUGCGCAAAAUCUACCGGGGGGAAGAACUUACGUAUGACUACAAGUUCCCCAUUGAAGACGCCAGCAACAAACUGCCCUGUAACUGCGGUGCCAAGAAGUGCAGGAAGUUUUUAAACUAGAACUUCCAUGACCUGCAAGUGAGCCCUAAAGGGCCUGGGGCGAACCAAAGCUUCUAGUGAAUCCCUACCCUGCCAUUCGCAAGGGAGAGGGAAGGAUGGAGGCAGGAAUGAAGAUCAGCUGGGCUCAGGGACCUAACUGGCGGCUGUGUUUCUCUGUCAGAGUCCACAUCUUCAUGUCUCGCAUGCGCACACUUACCCUUAUGAAAGACACAGGCGACUGGAGAAGAUCCUCAGUGUGAUUAUGUUUUUGCUAUUGUCGUUCCUGCCCCAACCCUCAGAAUUUGUUUGUCAGAAUGGGGCUAAUGAGUGGGAGUGGGGAGGGUAGACAGACCCAGGUAUAGGGGAGUCAUCAUGGAUCCCGUCCUUCUGUUGUCUCUUGGCUCAAAGUGGUGAAUGUGGAGUUCUUGUUUUCAUUCGACUGUUGUGUCAUAAGUUUUGAAAGCACAGUAUGUGACUGCUCUUUUCUCCUAGAGAGAGAAACUGUGUCCCACCAACCAGCUACUCUGAGAACUUUGUACGUGUCUGUGAUUCCUUGUGCUAUGCAUCUCCAAAACACUAUUUGUGAGUUGGUUGGUAUACUGUGUGGCAUAGGUGGCCUGGUGCGCCGUGGGUCUGGCUUAUCUGUUUUAAUCUAGGAAGACUGAAUGGGGGAGAGCAUCAUAUAGCAGCCGAAAGUAAAUUGAGAAGGAUUUGGAUAGUGUUUCGUUUCGCUCUGAAAUUCCUGCCCGAGUGCAGGGGAAUUCCUGGCAUUCUUUAGCAGAGAAAGGGCUUGUGCCAACUAGUUACAGAGCUGUAAAUCUUUGUGAGCAAAUGCUUUCUUUCAGCAGCACCCUCCCUCUGCAGUAUGGGAGGGAAGCAGUGUUUUCCCAUGUUCCUGUCAUCAGAGGCUGUCUUUCUCCUUUGACCUAGGGUCUGAAAGGCUCCUCUGGGUACAGUGGUGUGUCUGCUACUGUGGGGCUGGCCCAGGGGACAAACGUCUUCAGGGGAGAGAAGCAGUGGUGGAAGCGCAUUCUGCUGUUGGCCGCUUGUGGCUGUAGAGCAAGAACUAGGAGGGACUUCUGAGGACGCUUCCCCGGGAGCUGCUCUGCUCAGCCUGUGACGUAGAGACAAACAAGUGACUUCUCUAGGCACAUGCCUGUCGCGACCCAUCUUCAGUAUGUAGUUUCGUAAUCUUCUAUGAAAGGCACAGGAAGAGGCACCAAAAUGGAGUGUAAAUUCUCUGAAAAUGCAAGGCCAAACACUAACCAGCCCCAUGUACUCCAUGCAGCACUUAGAAAUGCAUAGGAAAUAAAUAAAUUAGCAAUUGGCACGGUUGAAAUUGUGGUAGCUGAAGAACCAAGCUUAUUUUAAGUGAAUCAAAAGACACUAUUGUCCUGGUUAAAGUAAUGUAAAUCCUCCUCCCUUUUGGGUCUGCUCCACGCCUCAAAAAAAAAAAAAAAAAAAAAAAAGGAAAGAAAAAGCCCCAAGCCUAACAAAUUAAGACAUUGGAUUUUACUCUGUUCUGUUUACAGUUUAGUAUUUAAGGUUUUAUAAAUGUAAAUAUAUUUUGUAUAUUUUUCUAUGAGAAGCACUUCAUAGGUAAAAGCACUUAUGACGAGGCUUUUUAAACAGUGGUAUUAUCCUAAUUUAAAAGAAUCUGUUUUUAAUAUUGUUUUUAUUUUCAUAGGACGGUUAUAGGAAAUAUCUGGCUGGACACAGUCUGAUCCUUUCUCCAGAGAGAGGGGUACACUUUAUUUUUAUUUUUUAAUCUUGUUCUGCCUUUUUGACUUCAGUAACUGUUUCUAGGAGGUUUGGCUGGACCUUAAACUUUUAUUUUCUUGUCAAGAUAGGGGCAGGAGGAAGAAUUGCCCAGCUUAGGAGGAGUUUGACUCAUGGGAACUGUAUCUGAACAUGGAGGCAUGAUUCUGCCUUGCCACACACCAGUAUCCUGUGUGUAUUUAAGGAAAGAGAGAGAGAGAACUGACCCUUAACUUCACCUCUUUUGCUUGGCAUUCAGAAUUAGCAUUUCUGUGGGAAGUGUCAUUUCCCACCCUGCUGUGUCCACUCAGAUCAGCUGUCCCUAAAGGAGGGGGUUUGGAUGAAUGUGGGGCUGGGGCAGUGAGGGGCAUCCCCCAACCCAGGUCAGCUGCACGGGCACCUCACUGCACCCAGGGGACAGGUCCUGCUCCGGUCACUUGACCGCCGGUCUUGUCCCUGUCCUAGAGGUCAGUCUGCCGCUCAUCACUGCUUUGUCCGGAGCAGCUCCCCUGGAGAAAGACUGUACCUUUCUUCUCUAGGUAAAUUCACAACUCUCUGGACGCAAAAACAUGGUCCUGUGGAAAUCUGUUGAAGCAAUAGGGCCCUGGCCCUCCUCGGCUCACCGCCGUCUGGGAUGGUCUGGGGCACGCACCCACACGUGCGCUCCUGAUCCCACAGUGUCUCUCUUGAAACAAGAGCAAUUGUUCCUUGGAGCAGUUAAACCAUGAAGCUCCCUUGCUUUUGUAAACUGUCCCUGUGGGUAGGUUAGUAGCUGUUUUGGGGGCUGCCAAAUUGAAAGGCAACCCCAAAACUGCACAAGCAGUUUGUAGGAAAUGGACCGAACUGACCGAACUCCCCAGCGCUCGCAGGCUUGCACUCCAUUAUCCGUGCUCUUCGGGCCCCGAGACCUCUUCCUCUGACCUGGGAAUGAAAUACAGCACUCACAGGGUCAGGAACUGCUGGUUUCCUUUCUUUGUUGCACUGCGUGAUUAUUAUUUGGUAAUAACUGUUUAAAGAAGAGUCAAAUUGAAGCUGCAUUUGUUACUGAAAUGAUUUGAUGCACUGACAGUUUGGGAACGCACAUACCUUGAGAAGGCCAAAAAGCACGUCUGGGAGCAGAUCUCAGCCCUGCCUCCGCAGACACAGCUGCUCUUUGUCCUUUUUCUUCCUUGGUUUUGACAGCAUUGCUGGGGGACAGCUCUCACCGUGGUUAAACCCGAGAAUUGUGUGCGGCUCAACCACGUUUCUCUCGCCCGCGCCGCUCCCUCUUAAAGAGGGGGCACGUCAUCCCCCGCCGGCAGCUCCCUUCUCGUCUGCCAAGCGUCAGUGCAGUGCAGGGCCCGGAGGGCAGGUGCUGAGCAGGAGGGAGUCCCGACUGGGAAAUGCUGCCCAAAGCCACCCCCGUAGGGAAGACCCGCUGGGCCAGGUGGCUAGGAAACCUGAGGGAAAGCCGCGGGAGUGCCCCCGGAGCCAAGCACCAGGAGUCUCCUCCUGCAAGGACUGGUCGAGCAGACGGGCCCGGUGGGGACCUCGCUCGCUGUUUGCUUUGCUGCUAUACCUGUGGCGGCUGCCUCGGCAGGUGCCGCUGUGGCCAGUGAAACUGUCUGUACCCAGAGAAGCUGAGCUGUGCUGCCAGGGGCUGGGCCAGGGCGCCCACGCUCCUGUCCCACUCACAGCCAGAGCGAUCCAGCACAGGCGUUUGACUCUCUCUUUUGGGCAAAUGGAAGUAAGGCAGGGAGAAGCCUUGGCAGCUAGCGCGUACGUGUUCUGUCACCUGUGAGAUGCCUGCGUGCCCUUCAACCCUGUUCUGCCUGGGCUAACGGUGAGCACAGCACAGCUUCCCAGUAUAUGAAUGUAUAUUUUAUAAGGACUGACACAGAUCAUGAUAUCUGAAAAUACUAAAAAAUGGAACCUUAGGGCGUUUACUUUUAUUUGUACAAACCAGUUUUUUUAAAGGAAAAGCGGGUCAUUGCAAAGGGCUGGGUAUCUUUUUGUUUAUCGUUUUUCUUUCAUUUCAAAGCAAUACCAGGUUCUUCAGUGAGAUGGUCUUUGUGCAGAAUCAUGCCAUUCAAACCCAUACUACUGGUCCACAUCCAACACUUGCAAGUUUUUUUUAUAACUAUAAAUACAAUAUAUAUAGGAACUAAUAUAGUAAUGCACCGUGUAAUGAAGCCUAGUUCAGUAUCGGUCCAUGGCUUUUAAUUCUCUUAACACUAUAGAUAAGGAUUGUGUUACAGUUGCUAACGGAGGCGGGAAGAAAUCAGGCUGCACAUUUCCAGGCGGACGGCAGCCUCGUUGGUGCCAGGCAGCGAGCGCGCCUGGCUCUGAGAGCUGGAAAAUGAGAGGGAGCCUGGGAACGGGCAGCUCGAGGGCUUCCCUGACCUUUAUUGUUACCAGUCAGUACUUGUACAACUUGGUUUUUUCCUUUUUUCCUCUCUUUUUGGUUAUGAAUGUUGGGGUACCACCUGCAUAUAGGGAAAAAUGUGCUCUGUGCUUUCCUGGUAUCUUUUUAACAAGGUACAGUAGCUUUGUCUAUCAACCAAGAACUAUACUUGUGGUGUUUCUUUUAUUGAACUUAACAGUCUCUUUAGUAAAUACAGGUAGGUGAAUAAUUGUUUCAAAAAAGAAAAAAAAAAAAAACUCUGCAAAGGCAAGGUUAUGUUCUAGAAAUACACUUCUUGACAACUUAUCAUGUAUAACAAAUCUUUUUUUUCUUGUGUUCUUCCAAGCUUCUGUUGUUUUUUUUUAAAAAAAAAAAAAGAGGAAACGUGUCUAAAGUACAUCAGUGUUAACUCCCUGUCACAGGGAAGAAGGAAAUACUUUAAUAGUUUAAAAAAAUGCUGAAAGCUCUGCAAAAGACUGAAUGUAAAAAUAAAAAGUGUACAUAGUUGUAAAAACAAAACAAAAAACAAAAAACAAAGGAGUUUUUAAACAUGUUUAUUUUCUAUGCACUUUUUUUUAUUUAAGUGAUAGUUUAAUUAAUAAACAUGUCAAGUUUA